GGAUGAAAAAACAAAAUGGAGGGUUGAAACGGCGUUCAAUGACAAUAUGCCACGGCGAGUUCCCUGCUACAACAUGGUUUCUCUCAGUCUCUCGUCACAAGUCUCUACAAAUCAGCGUUUCGUUCCCGUCCUCAACUUCAACUCCACCCUAAGGUACUUUUGUUCUGAUCACACACAAAACCACAAUGGGGUUAAAGAACACAACCAAAACAAAAGACCCAGAUUAAGAAAUUCAAGUAAAACAGCUAAAACCAUGGUUAAUCUCAUAAAUUCCAAUCCUUGGUCAAAAGGGUUGUUGUCUUCUCUCACCACCCCUCUCUCCAAAACCACUGUGCUUCAAACUCUUCGCCUCAUCAGGGACCCAUCCAAGGCCUUUCGGUUCUUCAAGUGGGCACAGGAAAUGGGUUUCCCUCACAGUGCCCAAUCCUACUUCAUCAUGUUAGAAAUUCUGGGUCGUGAGAGGAAUCUCAAUGUGGCUAGGAAUUUCCUCUUUUCCAUUGAGAAAAGGUCCAAUGGAACCGUCAAGCUCGAGGACAGGUUCUUCAAUAGCUUGAUUAGGAGUUAUGGUGAAGCUGGCCUCUUCAAAGAGUCUAUGAAGCUUUUUCAGAUUAUGAAGUCCAUUGGCGUUUCGCCAUCUGCGGUCACAUUCAACAGUGUUUUGUCUAUAUUGCUUAGAAGGGGCCGGACUAAUAUGGCGAAAGAAGUGUAUGAUGAAAUGCUCAGUACGUAUGGCGUUACGCCGGACACUUGUACCUAUAAUAUUUUGAUCAGAGGGUUUUGUAAGAAUUCCAUGGUUGAUGAAGGGUUUCAGUUCUUUAAGGAGAUGAUGAGCUUCAAUUGCAAUCCGGAUGUUGUAACAUAUAAUACACUUGUUGAUGGUUUGUGUAGGGCAGGGAAGGUUAGAAUUGCUCAUAAUUUAGUGAAUGGUAUGAGCAAGAAAUGCAUGGAUUUGAAUCCUAAUAUUGUUACUUAUACAACUUUGAUUCGAGGGUAUUGUAUGAAAAAAGAAGUAGAUGAGGCCUUGGUUAUUCUUGAAGAGAUGAUUGGCAGGGGGCUGAAGCCGAAUAUAGUUACCUAUAAUACUCUAAUAAAAGGACUUUGUGAGGCACACGAGUUGGACAAGCUGAAAGAUAUUUUGGAACAAUUGAAAGGGGAUUGUGGAUUAAAUCCAGAUACAUGUACUUUCAAUAUAAUUAUCCAUUUACAUUGUUGUGCAGGAAAUAUGGAAGAAGCAUUGAAGGUGUUUAAAAGCAUGAAAAAAUUUCAGGUCCCAGCAGAUUCAGCCUCAUACAGCAUUCUGAUAAGAAGUUUAUGUCAGAAAGGGGACUGGAAUAUGGCAGAGAUGCUUUUUGAUGAGUUAUUUGAAAAGGAAAUCUUGUUAAGAAAUUUUGGUUCUAAGCCACUUGCUGCCUCUUUUUGUCCUAUUUUUCAGUAUUUGUGUGAACAUGGUAAAACUAAGAAGGCUGAGAGGGUGAUUAGACAGCUAAUGAAAAGGGGCACUCAAGAUCCCCUAUCAUACAAGACAGUGAUUAUGGGACAUUGUAGUGAAGGUGCAUAUGAAAAUGGAUAUGAGCUUUUGAUGUGGAUGCUCAGAAGAAAUUUUCUUCCUGAUGUUGAGAUAUAUGAUUAUUUGAUUGAUGGUUUUCUUCAAAAUGAUAAGCCUCUGCUUGCAAAGGAGACACUAGAGAAAAUGCUUAAAAGCUCUUAUCAACCUAAAACAUCUACCUGGCAUUCAAUACUGGCGAAACUUUUGGAAAAGGGUUGUGCUCAUGAGUCUGCCUAUGUUAUUGUCAUGAUGCUGGAGAAAAAUAUCAGACAAAAUGUAAGAAUGUCAACUGAGAGCUUACUGCUACUUUUUGGGCAUGGACUGAUAAAUAGAGCAUUUGAAAUUAUUGAGUUGCUUUACAAGAAUGGAUACUGUGUUAAAGUAGAAGAAGUGGUUCAAUUUCUUUGCAAGAGAAGGAAGCCAUCAGAAGCAUGCAGAAUGUUGCUUUUUAGUUUGGAAAAUCAUCAGAAUGUCGAUAUUGAUUUGUGUAAUUCAGUUAUUCUAGACCUUUGUAAAAUUCAAAAAGUUUCAGAAGCAUUUAGUUUAUGCUAUGAAUUGGUGGAGAAGGGUUUACAUCAGCAAUUGAUAUGCCUAAAUGACCUGGUAACCGCUCUAGAGGCAAGGGGAAGAAUAGAGGAAGCUGCAUUUAUAUCAAAGAGAAUAACAAAACUAGAGAACAUAGAUAAACCUGCGCUAAAUUAUAGCUCUAAGAUGUUCACACCUAAUAAAAUGUGAGUAAUGUUCAGUGCCUUUGUAGGCUUCUGUUUUCAUCUAUUCCAUUUUGGUCGUCAAAAGUUUUACAGAUUAGGAAGCUAGAAUGGCAUUGAAAGAGGCAGGGAUCCAUUAUCUGCUGAAAACAGGAUCUGAGUCAAUGUAGAUUGGGGAAACUCUUGUUCAGGAGUAGACAAGCUCUAUGUAUAAAUGGGUGACUCAAUUUGUGUUUUCUGGCCAUUGGCAACCACUGCCAUUGACUUCUCUGGCCUGGAAAAAAGCGCAGCACAGGCACCCAAUCUUCUUGUUGACAAAUCAGAGCGCAACAUGCAAAUCCCAUGAAAAUAAGGCACGUGAUGGUGGCUGUUGCAGAUCUAGUAUAUGGUGGUUAGUUUCUCUGAUCUGGUGAUGUGUGGUUGCUGCACAUUGCGAUCUAGUUGUCAUAACAGAAUAGUCCUAGGGAUUCUUCAUUAAAAAAUGUUUCACCAGGUGAGCCUAGUGUAACAUCCCCAAUUUUAUAGCCUUACAAAUGAAAUAACUUUUAUGUGUGC